GCGGUGGGUGCGCGAGCCGCAGUGUGCGGCGCGCCUCCACGCCGACCGACCGUCUCGCUCGACACAGCAGCCAUGCGCGGUGUGCUACUCGCGCUGCUGGGCGCCGUCGCGCUGGGCCUGCCCGCCGCCGCGCGCCGGCUCGACCAGGACUUCGAGUUCGACGACGAUGUGGAGGGAGCGGCGCGGCGUCCGCGGCGGUACCUGUAUGACCCGAACAGCCCGCUGUGCCGCGCGCUGGUGUGCGCUCGCCGCGAGCAGUGCGUGCUGCGCGACGAGCGCACCGCGCUCUGCGCAGACCGCGCGCGUCUCCUGCGCAACGGAGAUGUGGUGGUGAACGCGGACUCGGAGGCGGCCCGCGAGGACGACGUGUUCUACGAGUCGUCCGCACCCGCAGGCGGCGGCGGCGGGAGCGGCGGCGACCAGCGUUGCGUCGGCUGUGGCUCGGUACCAAGGGCACAGUUCCUAUGCGGCUCCGACAACCGAACGUACUCAUCCCUCUGCCGCCUCGACUUGCACAACUGCGUGCGCCGGCCCGCGCCGCCCGUGGCGCUCGCGUGCCGCGGGUUCUGCCCCUGCCGCCGCCGCGCUCUGGACUCAUCUGAACAUGACGAGUGGCACCGCCGCGGCCGGCGCCGCGGUCGCCGGCCGGCGGCGGCGGCGGCGGCGCGCGACCCCGCCAUGCCCGCCCCCGCGCCCGCGCGGCGCCGCGAGCGCCCCGCUCCGCCCGUCGCCGCGCCCGACGCCGACGGCUGCGCGCCCGACAAGAUGGCCGACCGGUUGCUCGACUGGUUCUCCGUGCUGAUGGACGAGGCUGGGGAAUCGCCGCCCGACCGCCACGGGUUCCCUCGUGACUGCAAGCCGGAGACGCGCUGGAUGUUCGCGCACCUCGACACCGACGGCGACGGGAUGUUAUCGUCCACCGAACUGUAUGCGCUUAGGCACGACUCGCGCGAGCGCUGCCUGCGGCCGUUCCUGUCGGGCUGCGGCGCGGGCGCCGGGCUGGUGCCGCGCGCGGGCUGGUGCGGCUGUCUGCGCCGCGCCGCGCGACCCUGCCUCGCGCUGGCUAGAGCACACGCGGCCAGGGCGGCGGGGGGAUACGUGCCCGCCUGCGACGCGGCCGGCUACUACCCCCAGGUAACAUACUAUACGGGCAGGGCGGCUGUCUGCGCCGCGCCGCGCGACCCUGCCUCGCGCUGGCUAGACCACACGCGGCCAGGGCGGCGGGGGGAUACGUGCCCGCCUGCGACGCGGCCGGCUACUACCGGCCCAGGUAACAUACUAUACGGGCAGGGCGGCUGUCUGCGCCGCGCCGCGCGACCCUGCCUCGCGCUGGCUAGAGCACACGCGGCCAGGGCGGCGGGGGGAUACGUGCCCGCCUGCGACGCGGCCGGCUACUACCGGCCCAGGCAGUGCCACGCCGCGCUUGGCGUGUGCUGGUGCGUGGACGCGCACGGGCAGGAACUGCCCGGGUCGAGAGGCAAGGGCGCGCCCACGUGUCCCGGCGAAAAGCUGUCAGCGAACGCUAUCAGCUUGAGCAACGAGACGGGCGAAGACGCGCAAGAAGCGCAGGAGCGAGCACGCGACAAGCACGAGCACGCGCACGACGCCGAGCACGAGCGCGACCCCGCCACCGCCGAGCACGACGCGCGCGGCGCGCCCGCCGACGACGAGGACGCGCUCGCCGCCGGCAGCGGCGACGCCGAGCUGCGCUUCUGAACACCGCACCGGGAGCGAGCUGUUGCAGAAACACGACCCCACCGUUGUAAUAUAAUUGCUCUUUCAAUCCGAGGAUAAUAUAAUAAGGAGCCGACAGAUGAGCGACGUCGCCAUCAGAUGUAUUGUAUCGACGUGCUUAAAUAAGGGUGUAGAAGUAGGUUCGAUCGGUUCGAUGUCAUGUUCAGGUAUUAUCGAACACCAUACAUAGUUCGCAGCAUUUAUAGGCUCGGAUAUUUUUGAUGGCGACGGUACAGUUUAUACUUGGAAAAUAAAAUACAAUUUUAACAAUGUACUAAAGCUGUAAAAAAUAUACAUGUAAUUGUAAUACGCCUUUAAGAUUUGUUCGGUCUAUAAACGAAAGAUUUUCAUUCAAUUCUUUAUUUGGAAAUAUGGGCACAGUUAUGAUGAGUCUGAUGUCUUUGAUUUGAAACAUGUACAAUCGGCAGCAUAAAUAAAUCUUCAGUUCACGACAAAAAACUUUCUAAAAAUAUUAUAAUAUGCGUGAAACCGUGCAUGAAACGGUAGAAUACUAUGAAACUAUCUUCGAAAUGCUAAAUAUAUUUUCAACAGAUGUCAUUUUAAUCUACUAUUAAAUAGAACUUACUUAAACUAUGUAGGAUGUUCAGGUUUAGUUUGAGACCCUCAUUUCGCCGCAUGCUACCUGACAAAGCGGACCAUGAGUAGCCUCAGCAGAUAGAUUGGUUUACGUAAACACUAGAUAUUCUAAUUAGGUUCAGAUUAGUCGAGGAUUUAACUUUAGUUGAAUGAACGACUUUCAAACUAAAACAUAGGUCUAACGAUCUAACUAAAGGGACCUGCAUCUGGCCUAAACUGUUUGCUCUUUUGAAAUAUUUACCGUCCAAAGAACAAACAAAAAGAUGAAGAAUCAAUAUAAAUUAGCAAAAUGUUGAUAUUUAGCUGCUCUUCUGAGAUAUGUAUUGUUACUUUUUGUUUCAUUUAGUUAAGUCUCUCUUUCGUUUCCGUGUAGGAAGCUUUCAUAGAAUAGUGUCAAAUUUAAAUGUUGUAUUAACAGGCUGAUUCAAGCCAUAUAACAGGCUAUGUACUUAAUAAAAUAUAGGUAUUUAUAGGAUAGGAUAUGUUAAUGUUGAACCAUUAAAUGUUUUGGAGUGUGAAGUGUCAGACUAGAGGGUCUGUGUAAACAUGUAGGUAAUAAUAAUAAAGAUAGAAUAAGCUUAUGAAUGUUUGAUAUUACUAAUAUUAGUAUAGUGAAGCCCCGCUCCGAGGCCAGGACGAGAAGGGCCUCAGUAACAAGUCACAUUAGGUAGACAAUUAUUUGCACUUUUUUAAAUCUCACUGUAUGUAAUGUAACAAAAAUAAUAAAUAAAAUUUAGCCUGUAUGGUACUUAAUAACAAAA